AUGGCGCCUCAAGAUAUCGGGCCGAAGGGAUACCGGGAGAGAUCCCAGGUAUAUCAUUUCUUCAAGAACCUUUCGCUCAUAUUAUUGAGCCUCGUCCUGCUCCCCACGACUGUUGUGGUUUCGCUCACAGCCUAUCUAUGGAAUCGAUUCACUUCCGGUACUUCCGACAAACCUCGCCAUGCUGAAAAGAGAGUCACCGUCCUUGUCACUGGGGUGAAUAUGGCCAAGGGUCUUGCACUGGCCCGCCUGUUCUACCGUCGUGGGCAUCGCGUAAUUGGAGCCGACUAUUCUUCGCUCUCUCCUGGGCGGGUUUCUUGUGCAGUCGACAAAUAUUAUCGCCUUCCAAAACCACCCAGCUCUUUCGAUGCCAACCUCAAUGAUCCUUACUUGGAGAAAUUGAUAAACGUCGUCCAAAAAGAAGGAGUGGACCUUUGGAUCUCCGUCUCAGAUGUCAACGCCGCCAUCCAGGAUGCAGCAGCCAAAGAGAUUCUUGAAACUCGUACUAGCGUCAAGGUCAUCCAGUUCGGGGUUGAGCAUGUGAAAAGGCUCCAUGAGAAGGACACUUUCAUCGAGUAUACGAGAACUCUUGGACUCACUGUUCCUACUACUGAGACUGUUGGUGGACAGGGCGAGGUGAUUGACUUCUUAAGACGACAUGGAGGUUUGGAGUACAAGCCAGGAGCCAAGCGAUAUCCUGUCAAGCCUGUUGGUGUUGACGAUGUUGCCCGGUUUUCCAUGCCUCUAUUACCUUUGGUCUCUGAAGAUGCCACACUAGCGCGGAUCGACUCUAUUCCUUUCAAGUCGGCCAAAUGCUCCUUCAUCAUCCAGGAAUUCUUAUCCGGUCCCGAGUUUUGUACUCAUGCUCUGGUCAUACGCGGUCGAGUCUGUGCCUUUGUUGCGUGUCGCUCGGCCGACGUGCUCAUGCACUACGAUGCGCUCCCCGCCGACUCUCCGUUAAGCAAGGCUAUGCUUGAGUUUACAAUCAGACAGGCCGAAGCAGGCGGAGAUAACUUUACUGGGCAUCUGAGCUUUGACUUUUUGACGGAGAGGGAAGAUGAGGAAGCGACACAGUCUGAGGCGGAAAAGGAAGUGACGAUGUAUCCCAUUGAGUGCAACCCGAGAGUUCACACUGCAACCCUUCUCUUCAACGAGACUCCUGAAAUUAUCGACGAGUAUCUUUCCGUUCUAUCGGAAUCUCAUACCCAAAAGCCCCUAUCUACUCCCCCUCUCUCGCCCACCAACCCUCAACGCUACUAUUGGGCCAGCCAAGAUCUAGUAGAGUUGGUCAUUUGUCCCCUAUACUUGACUUUGUUUCGUGGCACGAUGGCACUCUCGGAAUUCCACAGAUCGAUACGCUCAUUUGCUCAUCAUCUUUUGUACUGGAAGGAUGGCACAUUUGAGGCUUGGGAUCCAUUGCCUUGGCUUUGGAUGAUGCAUGUUUACUGGCCGAUGCAGUUUGCUUGGUACAUGGCUACGGGAUCUGUAUGGACUAAACUGAACGUGAGCACAGGAAAGGCGUUCCAGGGGUAG